CAAGGUGGAACUCGUUUAUGGAUCAGAAAACCAAGCGGUUGGGCGUGCUGACAGCCGCAGCAUGGCAGACAGCGAGAUCCGCCCCUGAGCCAAAAAUGGAAUCUGCGAUGAUCUCCCCAGCAUUAUUGUUCCGGUGGCUCUCCGCACUCCCUCUCCAUUGUCUUCCUCUUCACUCUCUGCGGGCUUGCACUACGCAAUGCUAGUGCUAAGAUGCCUCGCUCAGCACUCUCGUGGUUCCGGAGAUUAUACUCCCUCGAUACUCUAGAUACUCGUCUCACUGUCUCUUCCUCUACUCCCCCUAAAGCCGCGGCCGACACGCGACCGGCCUCUGCCAGAGAUGCCCGCGCACAAGCCAUUGCUCGCAAUGCCUCCCCUCCGAAAUGGCAGACAUUCGAGUUUUACAUCUACUACAUAGUAUUUCUAAUCGCUGUGCCAUUGAUGUUCAUAACUGCCAUCGGCGUUUCGCAGGAAAGCCAUCCUACAUAUUCCAUCUACUCUGAUCUACUGUCUCCUGGCUGGAUCCUCGGACGCAAAGUCGAUAACUCCGAUGCUCAGUACUCGUCGUUCCGCGAUAACAUACCCUACCUGCUGCUGCUAUUAAUAGGCCACCCGUUGCUUCGUCGCGUGUAUAAUUCCUAUGUGCGCCCAGUCAAUGUAGACUCCGGUUCUUCUAAGUCUUCCCCGGCAGUCGUUGCUGGGGAUGCUCGCCUCACUCAGCGGAUAGGCUUCGACUUUUACUUCGCACUCGUGUUCAUCGCAGCUCUCCACGGUGUUUCCUCUCUGAAAGUCCUCGCAAUCCUCUACGUGAACUAUAAAAUCGCCAAAGACUUACCAAGGAAGUACAUCCCUGCGGCGACCUGGACAUUCAACAUUGGGACGCUGUUUGCCAACGAACUCUGUGCCGGCUACCCGUUUGAACGAGUGGCCGCUUUGUUAGUGUCCCAGGAUGGUGCCGCACAGGAAGCACCACUGGUGCUCUUCGGCCGCUAUCUCGACGGAUUCGGAGGUAUUAUGCCCCGGUGGGAGAUCCUCUUCAAUAUCACAAUCCUCCGGUUGAUUAGCUUCAACAUGGAUUACUAUUGGAGUCUUGAUUAUCCCGCCGGCAGUCCUAUCGAAAAGAAACAAGUCGACCCUGCCGCACUGUCGGAGCGUGAUCGUGUCAGUAUCCCCGCGGAGCAGUCCGCGUUCAAUGGACGUUACUAUCUAGCCUACGUCCUUUACGCACCACUUUACCUGACAGGUCCCAUUGUGACAUUCAACGACUACAUUUCUCAGCAGAGAUACGCACCACCGUCUCUUACCCGGACUCGAAUCAUCCUCUAUGGAGUUCGCUUUUUCCUGACACUCUUCGCUAUGGAGCUCAUUUUGCAUUACAUAUACGCCGUGGCAAUCUCUAAAGCGUCUCCUGACUGGUCCCUGUACACAGCCGGCCAACUCAGCAUGCUGGCGUACUUCAAUCUGCAUAUCAUUUGGCUGAAACUGUUGAUCCCAUGGCGGUUCUUUCGUUUUUGGGCUUUAGUUGAUGGAAUCGACCCCACGGAGAACAUGAUACGCUGUGUCUCAAACAACUACUCUCCGUCUUCCUUUUGGCGUGCAUGGCACCGUUCCUUCAACCGUUGGAUUGUACGCUAUCUUUACGUGCCUCUGGGUGGAGGCAGCAGGGGUGGUGCUGGCCGUGAAAAAUCUUCCGGGAUGUAUGCCAAGGCCCGUCAAAUUCUCAACACGCUCAUCGUCUUCACCUUUGUCGCCCUCUGGCAUGACAUUAACCUUCGCCUCCUCAUGUGGGGCUGGCUCAUCACCCUUUUCGUUCUGCCAGAAAUCAUCGGCAAGUUGCUAUUCCCGGCCAGCAGAUGGCGCUCGCAUCCCACAGCGUACCGCGUCAUUUGCGGAAUCGGAGCUGUCGCGAACGUCCUGAUGAUGAUGAUCGCGAACCUGGUUGGCUUCGCUUUGGGUGUGGAUGGAUUGAAUGGGCUUUUGGCCGGCAUAUUGGGUUCUUGGGCCGGCAUUGCCUACCUCAUCUCAGCGUGCUGUGCUCUAUUCGUUGGAGUGCAGGUCAUGUUUGAGAUCCGUGAAGAGGAAGCACGGGCUGGUAUUAACUUGAAGUAUUGAUCAUCUGUGAAUAUUGUACAGCAUUGGUUUAGUAGCUUCUAGAAAAGCAAGAGACUAUCCAAUAGGUUGAGGCACUAGGUGAGGCGUCAGUGUCGCUCCGGGCGAAGUUGUCCCCUGGUUCCUUUCUGUUUGGAGCGUAGUUUGAGCUCCCGUAGGCUGUAUGCUUCUGCAGGCAUCCGAACCUGAAAUACCGAGUUCGAUGCUCUUAUACAUGCCUUGUGUGGGACUGUAUGAUUCGAACGUUUAGGCCAUGAGAUAAUACCUCUCGCCACGAGGUCUAUCCUGCCGGGAAGUCCAGCCUGCUGGAUCCCUGAUACAUCGCCUGUAUCAUAAUACCCAGCAACGAGAGCCCCACGUCUUUGCGAAUUCGGAUAAAAUCCCAGAUCGACAGCCGUCUCGAUACCUCACGACCCAAUCCCAGUGAUAUCAUCUCCC